CCAAGCUGUCUCCUCCAAUGGCUGCCACCCCAACCCUCAUCAGAACUUAGUUCAUCUCCAACUGGUCUGCACUCAUCUCCUCCGCCAUUUCCCCCUCCCUUUUUCUUCCUCCAUAAAUGCCUUCUCUCCAUCUCUUCAACCCCACCGCCCCUCCCCUCCUCCUCCUCCUCCUCCUCCUCACUUUUCCCUUCGAUUCACCUCCUCCAUGGCUACUUCCGGCCGCCACCCCAUUUACCGAGGCGUACGACGCCGCAACACAGGCAAAUGGGUGUCGGAAAUUCGGGAGCCCCGGAAGCCAAAUCGGAUUUGGUUGGGAACCUUCCCGACAGCUGAAAUGGCGGCUGUGGCUUAUGACGUUGCUGCCCUUGCUCUCAAGGGCCACGACACUCACCUCAAUUUCCCCAAUUCUGCGUCCUCUCUCCCUGUUCCUGCUUCACGUUCACCCUCUGAUAUUCAGGCUGCAGCCGCCUCUGCCGCCGCUGCGCUUGGUGCCGCAGCAGCCGCCAUCGAGGCAAGGAGUGGUUUUCACGGUGGCCGUAGUAAUGAUCCAGGGGAAGUGGGAAAUCAUUUCAUGGACGAGGACUUGAUUUUUGAUAUGCCUAAUGUUCUAAUGAAUAUGGCGGAAGGAAUGCUUCUUAGCCCUCCCCGUUUCAAUAAUCAUGGUGGCGAUGACGACGGAGCCGAUCAUGGUACCGGAAACCUUUGGAAUUUUUCCUAAGCAACAAAUAUACAUACAUAUAUAUAC